UUCUCCUUCUCGUGAUUUUUUUUUUUCUUGUUUGUUUGUUUUCUGCACAUCUCCUCGGAGCCGUUGCAAGGAGCUUCGCUUCUCUGUCCCUCUCUCCGUCCUCUCUCUUUUUCCUCCUCUCUUUCUCCUUCUCUCUCCCCCCUCCUCUCCAAUUCUCCAACCCCCGCGGUAGCAUUGUCUUUACGCGCGCCGAGGCCCCGGGGCGCUGUCUAUGGAAAUAGUGGGGUGCCACCGCCGCCGCCGGGAAGCAGAAGAAAAUACUUGUCCUUUCCGUCCCCCAGCCAUGCUUUUCCACGGGAUCUCCGGAGGCCAUAUCCAAGGGAUCAUGGAGGAGAUGGAGAGGAGAUCCAAGACGGAAUCCCGCCUGGCCAAAGGAGGGCAGAUGAACGGCAGAGAAGCGAGCUUGCCCCCUUCGAGUCCCGAAAAGCCUGCUUUGUGCGCUGGUUGUGGAGGGAAGAUCUCAGACAGAUAUUACCUGCUGGCUGUUGACAAACAAUGGCACCUCAGGUGUCUUAAAUGCUGUGAAUGUAAACUGGCUUUGGAGUCAGAGCUCACCUGCUUUGCCAAGGAUGGUAGCAUUUACUGCAAGGAGGAUUAUUACAGAAGGUUCUCCGUGCAGAGAUGUGCCCGCUGCCACCUUGGGAUUUCCGCCUCCGAGAUGGUCAUGAGGGCCAGGGAGUCCGUCUAUCACUUGAGCUGCUUCACCUGCACCACCUGCACCAAGACCCUGACCACCGGCGACCACUUCGGCAUGAAGGACAACCUGGUCUACUGCCGGGCCCACUUCGAGACCCUCUUGCAAGGGGACUACCCCCCGCAGUUGAGCUACACCGAGCUGGCGGCCAAGAGCGGAGGCCUGGCCCUGCCCUACUUCAAUGGCACCGGUCCUGGCACGGUGCAGAAGGGGCGACCCCGGAAAAGGAAGAGCCCCGCCCUCGGGGUGGACAUCGUCAAUUACAGCUCAGGCUGUAAUGAAAAUGAGGCAGACCACCUGGACCGAGACCAGCAGCCUUACCCUCCCUCACAGAAGACCAAGCGCAUGCGCACCUCCUUCAAGCAUCACCAGCUCCGCACCAUGAAAUCCUACUUUGCUAUCAAUCACAAUCCGGACGCCAAGGACCUCAAGCAGCUUGCCCAGAAAACAGGCCUGACCAAGAGAGUUCUGCAGGUUUGGUUCCAAAACGCACGAGCCAAAUUCAGAAGGAAUCUUUUGCGGCAGGAGAAUGGGGGUGUCGAUAAAGCCGAUGGCACGUCACUUCCAGCACCGCCUUCAGCAGACAGCAGCGCUCUCACUCCACCGGGCACUGCGACCACUUUAACAGACCUGACCAAUCCCACUAUCACUGUAGUGACAUCCGUGACCUCUAACUUGGACAGCCACGAAUCCGGAAGCCCCUCACAAACUACCUUAACGAACCUUUUCUAACAUUGGAAUUUUUUUUUUUAAUUCUUCUUCUUCUUUUUGAUUAUUAUUCUAAUCAUUAUUAUUAUUAUUUACAAGACUUUUUUUGAAACCCACAAAAUAUUUGGGAAAAAAGAAGGAAAAAAAAACCCAACAGCUUGGUGUGUAGCAUCUGCAGCCACUUGGCCGAUGAGUUUACAGCAAUGUCUUGUCAAAGCUAUGAUUUUGUCUAGAAAAUGUAUUUGGACUUCUAAAUUUUCUCAUUAGGUCUUUCAUUAGGAAAUUGAAGGGGAAUUUUUGGAUCAGUCUAAUAAGUGCCUCUUAAGAUUGUAUGUUACUUAUUUCCAGAAUCUCAAAAAACAACAACAAUUUUACCGUCAUGGGCAAAGAAUCACGUUCCCCCAUCAGCUAAUCACACUUAUGAAGUAUCGGAAUAAUAAUUUUAUGUCUUGCAAUUUUAUGAGGUUUUAAAAAUCAUCAUUUUUUAUUAAAUAAGAAGUUAGUAUUUUUCAUAUGCACCCCUAAAAUCUGAAUGAAGGAUCCGAUCAAGCAAAAGCAUUAAAAAGUGACCCUUGCCUCACACAUACAAAGUCUCUGCUUUAACCAGGGACACCUACUCUGAAGUUGAUAUUUUUCCUUUCAGGUGCAUAGAACCCAACCCAGCUUAUUAUUUUUACAUCCCCCAAUGUGAAUUCCAUUAAAAUCUGCAGUCUAGGAAAGUUUAAAAGGUAAUCCUCUUCAAAAUGACCUAUUUUCAGGGAAAAUGGAAAUAAGCAAAAUAUGAUUCAUUAAGAUGUAUGAAAGUCUGGUUGAGUAAAAAUUUUUCCUUGCUCCUCUGAAUUUAUUUCAGAUGUUCCAUGAGUUUGUAUCGGGCAUUGGUUCAUAUAUGAACAAGCUUAAUAUUGCUAUUUUUAAUAUUACCAUUACUUUUAUUUUUAAACCUUUGUGUAAAGAACACCUAUGUUGGAAAACAUUCUUAUGAAAUUGGGGAUUUGAAGACAACAGUCUUGAAGUAGAUAAACUCAGAAGCCUCGUGGAUGCUGAUCAGAAUACAUUUCCUAGUUUACAAUAGCAACCUAAAACAAUUUAAAUAAAAUCUUAAUGGUCUGGGCAGUGGUGAAUGUUCAUCUGUACGCUUCUGUUGUAGUUAAAUACCGAUUAGAUUGUGGAUUUUCUCAGAAAAAAAAAACCAGUCAAGAUAUAUGUCUUGCUUUUAGUGGAUUGUUAAGAAUAACUUUGCACAUAUACUCCACUUUUUAGGCCCCAUAAAUCUUUCUGGUGGUCAGAGUGGCUAUUUAAUAUAUUUUAAAGGUGUCCUUUUGGCUGUAUAAAUGUGUAGUUACAUAUUGACAGUUCACUGCCCACAUUAAAGUGCAUUAUUGUAACUUUUGCUCAGGGUUUUUAGAAAAUUAGCACAGAAAGGUAGCUUAUUUUUUAAAAAAAAAAGAUGAUGGAAGAGAUGUUAACACUGUAACAGAAGAAAGGUGUGAUUGCCAUUAUAUAUUUAGCAAGUAUGGUUAUCAUCUUCUAUGGAGCUUAAAUCUUGACUUUUCCUAUUUCUCUCGCAUUUUGGGCAUUUACCACUAACCAGACCAAACAACCUUGGUAAGGCUGAGAUCUUAAUAAUACACUUUUACAGGUAAAAAUACUGAUGCUUAUAAAUUUUGUUCUUUGACAGAACAAUCUAUGGUACUAUAGAUCUACUUUAUUAAGUAGACUAAUUAUAACUCAGUUCCUCUAUGUGCCUUAAACUAUAACUUGGAAGUAAGUUUGUGAAAAAUCAGGAUAUAUGUGUUGUUUGUUAAAUUAACUGUUUUAAGCCCUUUUGACACCUCACUAGUUUUGUACUGUUUUACCUCUUAUUUCUGAAACUCUUUUUAUGGUGUAUCCUGUUAGAGGGGACAAAACAUGUCAUAGAAAGCAGUUGUGCACUCUUUCAGAUAUAGUUGAUAAAUUCAAUACUCUCUUAUAUAUUGAGCUUCGUGUUUAUAGUACAGUAAGUGGUCUAGCAAAAUUGUCCAUGUUUCUUUGUUUAUUGAUAAAUGCAUUGUAUAGAAACUAUUUCCCCUAAAUAUUUAUGGACCAAACAAUUGUGAUAUAUCCUAUUAAAUUUGUGUGAAUAAACCAUUUUGAAUCUAA